UUCCUGAUGCGUCAUUACUCGUCUGCACCGGCGGUGUUUCUGGUUCCAUGCCCUGUAAAUUUAUCUCACCUUUCAAGCUCGCCACUAAUUUCAAGCGUCACUUAUCAGUCAUCUCGUCUAAUGCUCUUGUUCGAACUCCCGGAAACGGUGAAGAACAUGAAGAAGAAGACCCAUGUAAUAAGACUUUCACUUCUUUACCUGUUGGACGACUCAGAGCUUCAUUGGCGACUUUUGGAGCGAAUCAUGCCAAUGUAUCCCACUUAAGCGUUUUGUUUUGUUCAAACAUUUUGAGAAUUUCUGCAAAAAUGGGUUUCCUUCCUGAAGGAAGACAAGCCCAUUCUCACAUCGUUAAAUUAGGGUAUGAUCGUAGACAAUCUUUGCAAAACCAGCUUUUGAGUAUGUAUUUGAGAUGCAACAAGUUUGCGGAUGCAUGCAAGUUGUUCGAUAAAAUGGACGAAAGAAAUGUUGUGUCGUGGAAUACAAUGAUAUCUGCGGCAGUUGGCUUUGGUAGAACUUUUCAGUCAACCCACAGUCUGAGUUUGUUAUAUUUCAAGGAAAUGCUUGUAGAGAUGGUGGAACCUAACUAUAUCACUUUUAUUGGUUUGCUCCGCAGCACCAUUGAGCUAAAUGAUGUUGAGACAGGGAAACAGUUGCAUUGCUUUAUAAUCAAAUCAAAAUUAGCUUUGAAUUGUUUUGUUGGAAGUGCUCUUGUUGAUAUCUAUUCCAAGUGUAGUUUAGUGGAAGAUGCACGACGGGUAUUCGAUAAGAUUCUUAUUAGAGAUAUGGUCUUGUGGAAUGUGAUGGUUUCCUGCUAUGCAUAUAACAGAUUGAGGGAAGAGGCCUUUGGAGUCUUUAAGUUGAUGAGGUCUGAAGGUGUAAAUGGGGACGACUUUACGUUUAGUAGUCUUUUAAAUUCUUGUGGGGUUUUGGGCUCUUGCGAAUUGGGGAGGCAGGUACAUGGUCUUAUUAUUAGGCUCUCCUUUGAUGUGGAUGUUCUUGUGGCUAGUGCACUUGUUAACAUGUAUGCAAAAAACAAAUUUAUUGUGGAUGCUCGCAGGGUUUUUGAUGGAAUGAUAACACGCAAUGUUGUUUCUUGGACCACCAUGAUUGUGGGUUAUGGACAGUUUGGCGAUGGAAGGGAAGCUAUGAAGCUUCUCAAGAAUAUGAUUCAACAAGGAUUUGUGCCAGAUGAGCUUACAUGGGCUAGCAUACUCAGCUCAUGUGCCAGUCUGCCUGCAACCAGUGAAAUUGUCCAAGCUCAUGCCAAUGUAGUAAAGAAUGGGUGCGAGGCCUUCUUGUCAGUUGCAAAUGCCCUCAUUAACGCAUACUCCAAAUGCGGUAUUAUCACCAGUGCAUUUGAGUGUUUUAAUUCAAUUGUAGACCCAGAUAUUGUUACAUGGACUUCUAUGAUUGGUGCUUGUGCAUUUCAUGGUCUUUUCACAGAAGCUAUAGAAAUUUUUGAGGAGAUGGAGUCCAAAGGUUUGAAGCUUGAUCAAAUUGCAUUCCUUGGGGUCCUCUCUGCUUGUAGCCAUGGAGGCCGAGUAGAAGAGGGACUACACUACUUUACCUCAAUGAGUAAGGACCAUGAAAUUGUGCCAGAUUCAGAACAUUUUACUUGUCUCAUUGACCUUCUUGGAAGAGCUGGUCAUCUGGAUGAAGCAUUUAAUGUUUUGACCAAAAUGCCCUUUGAACCUGGUUCAAAUUCCUUGGGAGCAUUCUUUGGAGCCUGUAAGGUCCAGGGCAACUUAGAAUUAGCAAAGUGGGCAGCAGAGAGGCUUUUCAUUUUAGAGCCAAAUAAAUCUGUGAAUUAUACACUCAUGUCUAACCUCUAUGCUUCCAUCGGACAUUGGGUUGAUGUGGCAAGAGUUCGCAAAAUUAUGAGGGGCAGGUGUGACUAUAAAGUGCCAGGUUGUAGCUGGAUGGAAAUUUCUGGUGUGGUUCAUACAUUUGUAUCAUGUGACAGAUCUCACCCUCAAGCUUCAGAGUUGUAUGAUAUUCUGGGAACGUUGUUUAGGUUAAUGAAGGUGAAAAACUACAUUACGGAUGUGGAUUUUCUGGUUCACCCUGUUGAAGAUGAUUCUGUACUGAGCUUUCUUAACUAGGUUCAGUCUUGUUUUGACAAGCACAAUCAGUGUUGGUUGUCUCAUGUGAUCAGCUCUGUUUUUCAUAGAGAGAUUUGUGGCUAUGGUUUAAUGAGAGUUUCCUUCCUCAAACGUAUUAGGGUUAGAUCGUGGUUGCUUCCUGGAGACCAGCUCUGCUUCACAGUCAGGGUUGCAGGGUAGGUUGCACGAAGACUUCUUCCUCAUAACACAGAAAAUGGAUCCAGACCAUAUGGUUUGGAAGUUAACCUAGAAGAACCUUCUCAAUGUUUAUUCUUUUAAGGUUUUUUUUUUUUGAAGAUAUAUACAGAUUUUCUAAGAGACUUUCAAAUUGUCUUUAUCAACAUAAGAGCUAGAAUCUAGUGGUA